AUGGAAGUAAAAGUCUUCCAUCUUCCACUGCUUCUGACUCGUCCAAUGAGAAAAAUGAGAAAGCCGGCAGCAAGUUCCCCCCAGCCAAAGAACUUUCUUGUAAUAAGAAGCUUCUUGCUCUUAUUACUGAGCUGUAUAGCUGCUAAACUGAGCCUUUGCUUUUCGAAUAUCCCCUCUUCACUACUAACGCUCUCCCUUGAUGGGCAUCUCAAUUUUGAUGAAGUCCAGCAUGUGGCCAAAGAUUUCGGCAAUCAAUACCAGUUGCUGCCUUCUGCAGUAUUGCACCCCAAGACGGUUAUGGAUAUUGCCAUCACCAUUAAGCAUAUCUGGCAAAUGGGCCCUCACUCCGAACUCACCGUUGCAGCCAGAGGCCAUGGUCAUUCACUUCAGGGUCAGGCACAAGCCUACCGAGGUGUUGUGGUCAAUAUGAAAUGUCUUCAGAGCCCAAUAAUGCAGGUCCAUGGGGGGAAAUUCCCGUAUGUUGACGUUUCCGGUGGAGAGUUGUGGAUAAACAUACUGCGUGAGAGCAUGAAAUACGGUUUAGCACCAAAAUCAUGGACAGACUACUUACAUCUAACGGUUGGCGGUACUCUGUCAAAUGCCGGGAUCAGUGGGCAAGCAUUUCGACAUGGACCCCAGAUUAGUAAUGUCCAUCAGCUGGAGGUUAUUACAGGAAAAGGGGAGGUCGUAAAGUGCUCAGCGAAUCAGAAUGAAGACCUCUUCCAUAGUGUCCUUGGAGGACUCGGACAAUUUGGUAUCAUCACCCAAGCUAGAAUAUCUCUGGAACCGGCACCUGACAAGGUGAAAUGGAUUCGGAUGCUCUACUCAGAUUUCAACACAUUUACCAGAGAUCAAGAGCAUUUGAUAUCUUCAGAGAAUACAUUUGACUACAUUGAAGGAUUUGUGAUAAUUAACAGAACUGGCCUUCUAAAUAACUGGAGGUCAUCCUUUAGUCCACAAGACCCACUUCAAGCAAGCCAGUUUGAAUCUGAUGGACGAACUCUCUUCUGCCUUGAGGUGGCCAAGUACUUCAACCUGGGGCAGACAGAUACAAUAAUUGAAGAGGUUGAGAGGCUAUUAUCUCCUUUGAAUUAUAUCCCCUCAACGCUUUUCCUAUCAGAAGUAUCAUACAUAAAUUUCUUGGACAGAGUUCACGUAUCUGAGGUCAAACUCAGGUCAAAAGGUCUGUGGGAAGUUCCGCAUCCUUGGCUUAAUCUUCUCAUACCCAGAAGCAAAAUUCAUCGAUUUGCUGAAGAAGUCUUUGGCAAUAUUCUCACAGACACGAGCAAUGGUCCCAUUCUCAUCUACCCAGUCAACAAAUCAAAGUGGGACAAUAGGACUUCUGUAGUGAUUCCUGAGGAAGAUAUUUUCUAUUUGGUGGCAUUCCUUUCCUCUGCAGUUCCUUCUUCCACGGGAACUGACGGCUUGGAUCACAUACUAUAUCAGAACAAAAGAAUACUAAAUUUUUGUGAAUCAGCCCAUCUAGGGGUGAAGAAGUAUUUGCCGCACUAUACUAGACAGGAAGACUGGAAGGCGCACUUUGGCCCACGCUGGGAAGCUCUUGUAAGGAGAAAAUCUGCAUAUGACCCCUUGAGAAUACUUGCACCUGGCCAAAGAAUAUUUCAGAAGGCAGUGCCCUUCUCAUGAUACUCACUUUUUCAA